GUCAUGUUGCUCCUCGUGUGGUUUGUGACUAUUGUUGCCGCUUUGGUGCUAUACCUUCGCCAGUUACACUCCAAAUUCUCCAACAGUGAAGUAAAGCAUUUUAAGUUUGUUCGAAGCCUGUGCGACUUCGCCAAGAUCAUACUGCGUGUUAACCACUUUACAGUUGAUCUCCACAGAUACUAUGACAGCUUUCCUGAAGAGAGGUUUGUGGGGAAAUAUGAUUUUCUUAAUCCAAGUAUAAUGCUGAGAGAUCUUGAUUUGGUGAAGAAAAUAACUAUCAAGGAUUUUGAAUAUUUCUUAGAUCAUCGGGUGUUCGUAGAUGAUAAAUUGGACCCAUUCUUUGGAAGAAACUUAUUUGCUUUGAAAGGCCAAGAAUGGAAGGAUAUGCGGACAACUUUGAGUCCAGCGUUCACCAGUUCGAAAAUUCGACUGAUGGUCCCGUUCAUGAACGAAGUUGGUAAUCAAAUGAUACAAGCUCUUAAAGCGAAGAUCAAAGAUUCUGGGGUGGACUACAUUGACAUUGAGAGCAAAGAUCUGGCAACUAGAUACGCUAAUGAUGUAAUCGCAUCCUGUGCGUUUGGAUUGAAAGUAAAUUCUCACGUUGAUGAAAACAACGAAUUUUAUGAAAUGGGAAAAAAAGCCACUACCUUCAAAUACGCUCAGAUGCUCAAAUUCUUUUGCUUCAUCUGCUUUCCAAAGGUUAUGGCGAAACUGAAAAUUAAAUUGUUCGCUGCUAACAUCAGCAACUUCUUCAAAAACAUCGUCCUCAAUACAAUGACGACGCGAGAAGAAUGUAACAUCGUUAGACCUGACAUGAUACAUCUUCUAAUGGAAGCAAAGAAAGGUAAACUAAAAUAUGAUGAUAAAGUAACACAAGAUUCCAAUGCUGGAUUCGCCACCGUCGAAGAGUCUUCUGUUGGGAAAGAAGUUGUAAACAGAGUUUGGUCCGACAGUGAUCUAGUCGCUCAAGCUGUUAUAUUCUUCUUUGCCGGUUUCGAGUCGGUAUCCUCCGUUAUGUGCUUUGCUUUGCACGAGUUGACUAUCAACCCUGAUGUACAAAAGAGGUUGGCAGAAGAGAUAAAAGAGAAUGAUAUAAAAAACAAUGGCAAAUUUGAUUAUAAGUCCAUUCAGGACAUGGUCUAUAUGGAUAUGGUACUUUCAGAGGUAUUAAGAUUAUGGCCUCCAGCUAUUGGUCUUGACAGGGUGUGCAUCAAGGAUUACAACUUGGGCAAGCCUAAUAGCAAAUCCACUGAAGAUUAUAUUAUAAGGAAAGGCGAAAUCCUUGGGAUUCCAGUGUGGGCAAUACACCGAGACCCUAAGUACUUUCCAAAUCCUACAAAGUUUGAUCCAGAACGUUUUUCAGAAGAAAAUAAAGACAAAAUACAACCAUUCUCAUACAUGCCAUUCGGACUGGGCCCAAGAAACUGCAUUGCUUCUAGAUUCGCUCUGUGCGAAGUGAAAGUGAUGCUGUACCAACUACUGCAACACAUGGAGCUGACGCCGUGUGAGAAAACAUGUAUACCGACCCAGCUGGCCACGGACACGAUAAAUUUACGAAUCAAAGGAGGCCACUGGUUACGAAUGAAGAUCAGAUCAUAGAUUUAGGAAUGAAAAAUACCAAAUUAGUAAUUAACUUAUA